AUGCCGGCUCCGAUUAAGGUUCGUGGCACUGCUACCCGCUCAGAGCUUCUGAAGGUGUUGAAGCGCUGGGAUGAUUUGGGCAGGUUGUUCAUUUGUCGAGGGUCGGAGGUUAAUGCCGAUGAUAGGUGUGAGUUGUUUGCGGUUGCCAAGGAUGCGGACAAGGAUCGUCAGAUCCUUCAUAGGAAAAGACGUAAUCUGCGCGAGAAGCACAUUGCAGGAGCUUCUCGCGAUCUCCCGCAUGGGGUACAGCUGUGUCAGCUUCCACUUGAGGGCCGCUUUGUCUGCGCUUGCUCGGUCGAUGAUGUCAAAGAUUUUUAUCAUGCGUAUUCUGCGACGGAAGCGCGAGCCAGAAGCUCUCCGGUGGGGCCUUUGUUCCGGAGUAGUGAAGUUCGUCACCUGAAGGCCUUCCGAGAUGCAGAAGCGCAGGGAAGGAUCUCCAAAGGAGAUGAGGUGGCGUGUUGUUUCCAGGGGCUUGGGAUGGGAGACCAUGCGGCCGUUGAUAUAGCCCAGGAAAGUCAUGUUAACCUUUUGAGGGCUUUUGGCGCUAUGAGGGCGAAUGAAGUUCUUAGGUACAGGGACCCGGUGCCGUAUCCUGAAAGCGGAUUCGUCGAAGGUGUCAUGAUUGAUGACCACCUAGGUCUGCAGCUCUUGAAGCGUCUCCCCAGCAUGAAGCGGACUUUGGAGCAACCAGCGCGAGAUCAGGAAGUCUUCGCAUCUUCAGCUUCGGCAUACGACUAUGCCAACUUGAUUCCCCAUCCAAAGAAGAAGCAACGAAGAAGCCUUCACGUCAAGGCUUGGGGAGCUGAGCUGGAGGGUGGGCGUGGCCUUGUGGGACCGGCGAGGGGGCGACUUCUUGCAUUGAGUCGACUGUCCGCUAUGUCUGCGAAGCCAGGUCCGAUGGACCAGCAAAUUUUGGAUGGUCCUAGGAUUCCGGUGCCGCCAUGGUUCUGGAAGUUGAGGCGUGGUGAUCAAGCAGGAGCGUUGGAACUGGAUGAGCUGCAGGGGCCGCAGCUACCGCGAGAAAGGGAUCAAUUGGUGCGGGGCCGUGUGACCGCGCUCACUCACAAGAUCCGCACCAACCUUCUGAAGGAUUUGACGAUCUGGCUGCAACCACGUGUGCCCCAGUAUUCCUUGGACGAGCUGGCCAGGACGCACAUCGACGUUUUGUGCGAAUGGUUAGAGGAAUUUAUGAUCAUCAUGUUUCUGGAGCACAAGAGCCGAAGAGCGGCGUCGGAGACGCUGAACGCUUUGGUGCAACAGUAUGGAUGGCUGAGAUCCUCGCUUGCAGGGCCUUGGAAUCUCAUUCGCACUUGGGAGCAGCUGGAGCCCGUGCAGCAUCAUCCCCCGAUGCCGCUUAUGGUGGUGUAUGCCCUUGCCACUACUGCGCUGCUGUGGAGAUGGCCGCGGAUGGCAGAUCUGGUGUUGCCGGGAGAUCACUUCGACGACGAGGUGCUCUACGUUCGCAUAGGCCAGCCGAAGACUCGACACCGGGCGGCGGCCUCACAGCAUGUGCGAGUGGAUCAUCCAGGAGUGGCAGCUUGGAUUGUAGACGCUCUGCCUUCAACACCUGGCUGGAGAAGAAUUUGGAAUGGCUCUUGGGCGGCCUUCAAGCUGCGCUUUGAUGCGUUGCAGUCGGAAGUCCUGGAGGGCACACCCUUUCUUCCCUCCAGUUUGCGGCCAGGUGGUGCUACUUUUCUUUUCAGAAGCUGGGAUGAAAACCUGACGAGGCUGCAAUGGCGUGGCAGGUGGAAAUCCUUUCGCAUGCUGGAAACGUAUGUGCAAGAGUUGGGAGCCACUGAAGUCACAGUGGGAACGCUGCUGUGUUUGCAGUGCUUGGCCUGGGAGCCCAAACUAGGGCUCUCAGACCGUCGCGGUCUAGACCGCUCUCUGUACUCCUUUUGCUGA